AACGUGGUGGCCAUAAUAAACCUUGGCGCACACGACAGUGCUGAUAUAAGUGAUAUCAUAAAGCCAGUUCUGUAAACGGAAUCAUUAUAAGGUGUUCUAUUUGAAAUAGAAUCGUUACUAGGUGUCGUGUCCCUUUGGACACACAGUGUCACUCCUGGAGCGGGUUGUAAAGUUGGAAGAUUGAGCGGGACGAAACAUCAGGGGGAUGGCAGGGGCGGCCGAGGCCAGUGUGGACUCCAAGGCUGAGCUCACUUCUCUGUUAGAGCAAUGGGACAGAGAGCAACUGGGAACCACACCGGUCCUAGUGGCUAUCUUAACCAAGAUCUCAGAACUGGUGGAGAGAGAGACGGAGGAGUACCGAAAAGCCGACCCUGACCCCUUUGAUGACCGUCACCCAGGACGAGCUGACCCAGAGUGCAUGCUGGGACACCUGCUGAAAAUCCUAUUCAAGAAUGAUGACUUUAUGAACGCUCUGGUGAACGCAUAUGUGAUGACCAGUAGGGAGAUUACCCUCAACACCGCUGCCUGCCGCCUCUUGCUGAACAUCAUGCCGGGGCUGGAAACCGCUGUUGUAUUUCAGGAGAAGGAGGGGAUUGUGGAAAAGUUGUUCAAAUGGGCUCAGGAGGCAGAGCAGCCCUUGAGGAUCUAUUCUGUGGGCCUCCUGGCAGGAGCUAUGGAGAACCAAGACAUUGCUGCCAACUACCGUGAAGAAAACUCUGUACUGGUGCCACUGAUGUUGCAGCGUUUGCGAGAGCUGCAGGAACGGGAGGUGGAGAACAGGAGGGACUUCAGGAGGCCGAGCCCUCGCAAGGCCUCCAGCCUGGAGCCGCUGCUGCCUCUGGAUGAGGAGACGGUGGACUGUGCCAACUUCGAAGACAAGAACGGGAUGGACAAAUGCGGGGUGGUGGGAGGGGUCGAAGAGGAGGAGAGCCCCGUGAAAAGAGGAGAUUGUUUCGGACUGGAGCCCAUCGUCGAGUCUCCCUUCAGCCUCGGGUCGGCGCAGAAGUCCAGCAGUCGCGCUAACUCGGCCAAGAAGCCUCUCCCCAAGAUGGAGGGCCCCGAGGGCGAGGCCCCCGGACCCGACGAGUCUGACGGGCGCGCGGAGGGCGGGAGGCUGGCGCAGAAGAGGGCGGAGCGGGAGAACGGGCGCAAGGCGAAGCAGAAGCUGAACUUCACCCUGUCGGAGCCGGAGCGCAGCUUCAGCGAGCUGAGCAACAGCAGCUGGUCGGAGAUGAGCCCGUGGGUGAUUGGUCAGAACUACCACCUCGACCCGCUCACCCCUGCCAUCGAGCAGCGUCUCAUUCUGCAGUACUUGACCCCUCUGGGCGAGUACCAGGAGCUGUUGGCGGUGUUCAUGCAGCUGGGAGCCAGACAGCUUCUCAUGCAUUACAUGGACCUGAAACAGACCAAUGACGUGCAGUUAACUUUCGAAGCUCUCAAGUAUCUGGCCUCCCUGCUGCUGCACAAGAAGUUUGCGGCGGAGUUUGUGGCUCAUGGUGGAGUGCAGAAGCUUCUGGAAAUCCCACGGCCCUCGAUGGCCGCCACCGGCGUUUCCUUGUGUCUGUAUUACCUGGCCUAUAAUCAGGAUGCCAUGGAGCGGGUGUGUAUGCUCCCCCACUCGAUCCUCUCUGAGGUGGUGAAGUACACGCUGUGGCUGUUGGAAUGCUCCCAUGCCUCAGGCUGUUGCCAUGCCACCAUGUUCUUCUCCAUCUCCUUCUCCUUCCGGGCUGUUCUGGAAUUGUUUGACCAGCAGGAUGGACUGCGUCGUCUCGUCAAUCUGAUCAGUACUCUGGAAAUCUUAAACCCAGAGGAUCAGGGUGCACUUCUAAGUGAUGACGAGAUCUUCUCCAGUCGACAGACAGCCAAACACACCUGUAUGGCCUUGCGUAGGUACUUUGAGGCGCACCUGGCCAUCAAGGUGGAGCAGGUCAAGCAGUCCCUGCAGCGUACAGAAGGGGGCGCUCCAAUCCACCCGCAGCCCUAUUACAAGGCGUGCACGUACACCCACGAGCAGGUGGUGGAGAUGAUGGAGUUCCUGUUUGAGUAUGGGCCGGUGCGUCUUUACUGGGAGCCAGCCGAGGUCUUCCACAAGCUGUCCUGCGUGCAGCUUCUGCUGCAGCUCAUUUCAAUUGCCUGCGACUGGAGGACCUACUAUGGCAGGAGUGAUACGGUACGUUACGCUCUGGACAUCCUGAGCAUCUUGACGGUGGUGCCCAAGACCCAGCUGAUGCUGGCGGAUUCAGUGGCCGUGCUGGACGAGGGGGGCUCCACCAUCUCCACCGUGGGCAUGAGCAUCGUGCUGGUCGUCGCCGAGGGCGAGGUGUUCAUCAACGACGCCGAGAUCCAGAAGUCGGCGCUGCAGGUGGUCAUCAACUGCGUGUGCGCGCCCGACAAGCGCGUGUCCAGCAUCGGCAAGUUCAUGGGGGGCACGCCGCGGCGCCGCCUGCCCCAGAGCCACCGCGCCAGCGAGAGCGUGCUGGCCAAGAUGUGGAACGUGGUGCAGUCCAACAACGGCAUCAAGGUGCUGCUGUCGCUGCUCACGGUCAAGAUGCCCAUCACGGACGCCGACCAGAUCCGCGCGCUGGCCUGCAAGGCGCUGGUGGGGCUGGCGCGCUCGGCCGCCGUGCGGCAGAUCAUCAGCAAGCUGCCGCUGUUCGGCAGCGGGCAGAUCCAGACGCUGAUGAAGGAGCCCGUGCUGCAGGACAAGCGCAGCGAGCACGUGCGCUUCUGCAAGUACUCGGCCGAGCUGAUCGAGCGCGUGUCGGGCAAGCCGCUGCUGAUGGGCACCGACGUGUCGCUGGCGCGGCUGCAGCGGGCGAGCGUGGUGGCGCAGUCGCGCAUCUCCUUCCCCGAGAAGGAGCUGCUGCUGCUCAUCCGCAACCACCUGGUGGCCAAGGGCCUGAACGACACGGCCACCACGCUGACCAAGGAGGCCGACCUGCCCAUGGCGCCGCUGGCGCACAGUCACCCGGUGCCCUUCGCCGCGCCGGGCGCCGUCUCGCUGGCGCAGCCGGGCGCGCCCGUGCCCAUCCUGCCCAGGACUCCGCGGCUGGCCAACGGGGUGGCGGCACGGCUGGGGAGCCACGCUUCUGCCACGUCGCCCAUCCUCCACGCCCAGCCGCGCCCCUCCACCUCCCAGCUCCACGCGCUCCCCCUCCCCUCCUCCUCCUCCUCCUCCACCUCCUCGUCCCUGGCCUCCUCCUUGUCCGCCGCCGUUGCCUCCGCAUCCGCCUCCUCCUCCGCCGCCUCCUCCUCCUCCUCCUCCUCCGUCGUGCCCCAGGGCGGGUCCGCGCAGGCGGCGGGCGUCACCCACAGCAACGGCUCGCCGCUGAUCGGCCGCAUCCUCUUCACGCGGGAGCGCCUCCCGUCGCCGUGCGUGGCGGGCCGCAAGCCGCGCGUGCUGCGCCAGAAGUCGGACCACGGCGCCUUCAGCCAGAGCCCCGCCAUGAAGAAGCAGCUGGACCGCCACCUGCCCUCGCCGCCGGCGCUCGACAGCAUCAUCACCGAGUACCUGCGCGAGCAGCACGCCCGCUGCAAGAACCCCGUCACCACGUGCCCGCUCUUCAGCCUCUUCACGCCGCACCAGUGCCCCGAGCCCAAGCAGCGGCGGCAGGCGCCCGCCAACUUCGCGCCGCGCCACACGCGCCGCACCGUCUACCCCAAGUACGGCGGCGUGGACGGCGGCUGCUUCGACCGCCACCUCAUCUUCAGCCGCUUCCGGCCCAUCUCGGUGUUCCGCGAGGCCGACGAGGACGAGAGCGGCUUCAUGUGCUGCGCCUUCUCGGCGCGCGAGCGCUUCCUCAUGCUGGGCACCUGCACCGGGCAGCUCAAGCUCUACAACGUCUUCACCGGCCAGGAGGAGGCCAGCUACAACUGCCACAGCUCCGCCAUCACGCACCUGGAGCCCUCCCGGGAUGGCUCUCUGCUGCUCACCUCGGCCUCUUGGAGUUACCCUCUCUCGGCCCUCUGGGGCAUGAAAUCCGUCUUCAUCAUGAAGCAUUCCUUUUUAGACGAUCAUUACGUGGAGUUCAGUAAACUUUCUCAAGACCGGGUCAUCGGGACGAAAGAGCACGUCGCCCAUAUAUACGACAUCCAGACAGGCCAAAAAACGCUCACUCUCAACAACCCCGACCUGGCGAACAACUACAAGAAGAACUGCGCCACGUUCAACUCCACGGACGAUCUGGUCCUGAAUGACGGGGUCUUAUGGGACGUUCGCUCCGCUCAAGCCAUCCACAAGUUUGACAAGUUCAACAUGAACAUCAGCGGCGUGUUCCAUCCCAGUGGUCAGGAGGUCAUCAUCAACACAGAGAUCUGGGAUCUACGGACAUUUCACCUGCUUCACACGGUCCCAGCUCUUGAUCAGUGCAGAAUUGUGUUCAAUAACAAUGGAACUGUUAUCUACGGAGCAAUGCGGCAGGCUGAUGAUGAUGACGACAUGCUGGAGCAGCAGAUGAAGAGUCCCUUUGGCUCCUCCUUCCGCACAUUUGAUGCCACAGACUACAAACCCAUCGCCACUAUUGAUGUGAAGAGGAAUAUAUUUGAUCUGUGCACGGACACAAAAGAUUGCUACCUGGCCGUGAUAGAGAACCAGGACGCAAUUAACAUGGACACAGUGUGUAGGCUGUAUGAGGUGGGGAGGCAACGAUUGGCAGAGGAAGAGGAGGAUGAGGAAGACCAGGACGAGGACGAUCAAGAAGAUGAUGAUGAUGACGAUGACUCUGAUGACGACAUCGACGACAUCGACAUGGAUGAUAUUGAAACAGACCCCAUCUUGGCGGAGCUGAACGACAACAAUGGCGAGGAGGAGGAUGGCGACAACGACUUCUCUCCAUCAGAUGAUGAAGAGGUGGCGCGUUUGCUUGAAGAGGAGGGAGAGGAUGAUGAUGAUGACGAUGAUGAUGAUGACGACUCUGAUGAUAAUGACGAUGAUGCAGACUUAGUCCUGGAUAACACAGACAGCUCGGACAACUCUGAUCUGGAGGACGACAUCAUCCUGUCUCUGAACGAGUGAGGGACAGAAAAACGCCUGAUGUGAGCUGCUGACGGCCGAUCGGGAAUUUCGGAAGAGGGAAAGAGACGCCUCCCUCCCAGUCACGGGGGGGGGGGGGGGGACGACGACUAGGCCUCUCGGAGCUCACCUGAUCCGCUCACCACUUGCUGAUGCUGUAUCAGGAGAACACUUGAAAAGAAGACCAGCUUGUGUUUGCUCGUGUUUCGUUUUUUUACUCCCUUUGGUUUGGUUUUUGAAUGGGUAAACGUGAGCAACCUUCUCGAGCGAGUGGCGUCUGUUUUGCUAGUGUACUUAAAACGCGCCGACUCGGCCUCCGACAGGCCGGGCGUGCGCUCUGAGCUGAACAGGUGUGUUCUUCUCUGCACUUGUUUUCCAGUGUUACUUUUACUUUUUUUCCCCUCUUCUCUCUUUUUCUUAAUGAUUUCCCCCCUUUCUAAUGUAAUUAUCAAAAAGCUACACUGAUGUAAAGCCCCUGGACCUUACUACUUGUGCAGAAUGUAUGUAUCUAAAGUAUUUUUCUAUAAAUGUAAUAAAACACAGUCUUCUCUGUGUUUAACUUG